AGAAUUGGAGGAUAAGGAAAGACAGAGCUGAAGACCUGGAAUAAGAGAGAUGCAGUGUUUAAAGAUUGAACUAAGUGCACAAUAUUUUCCAUUCAUUAUCUGAGGACUGAUCACACGUUACAGCAGCUACCUGAGUAAAAGGAUAUCAGCUCUCCCUCCUUCUCUCCACCCCUUUCUCCACCCAUCCCGGCAGCCAUUGGACAAUUCUCCACCAAUCGGCGCAGAACCGGGACCUGAGGGACUACAUAUGCAAAAUCGCGCUUAAUAUUCAUGAGCAGCUAUCGGGGCUUUAAGUCGUUGAUUAGGACAGCAGCACAGCUUUCUGUCCCAACUGCCCGGCUGGCUGGCUGUGAGUGUGUCUAUAGCCCCCUCUCCCCGGCUCCCACAUACACACUGCACACACACUUCUCCCUCACAUCCAGCACACACGCAGAGCCGAUCAGUGCAGGCAGCGCAGAGCCUGGUAAUUGUAUUGCUCCCUCCAAGUGGAAGGAAGGACUGAGAGAGAGGAAGACCAGAAAAAAGAAGAGGAGGAGAAAGAGGAAACAUAUCAGAACUUUACAUUUUUCUUUCUUUUUUAUGUUUUUUUGUUUUUCCACGGAGGAGGUUGACAUGACAAUGACCUGGUAUCAUCAAUGGAUUCGGUAGGACACCCAUUAACCGAGUGUUUUUUAAUGCACUCUGAACAAGAGUAGAAUGAACUUAUCGAAGGGGCCAUUGGUGAACAGCAGCAGCGAAGAUAACUCCAAGUCAGCUUAUGGUAAAUGCGGCGCUGGCGCCUGGAGGAUGCACCAGAGCUACGAUCCACUAGAGGCCAACCACAUGAGAGACGCACAUGCCCUCUACAACCCCAGGCUUCUCUGCAGAAUGUCCAGUAAGGAGCGCCACCUUGAGUCGAAUUGUCCGUCCUCUUAUAUAAAGACAGAGCCGUCGAGUCCUGCUUCCCUGACUGACAGCCUAAACCAUCACUCCCCCGGUGGCUCCAGUGACGCCUCAGGCUCAUAUUCAUCCACCAUGAACGGACAUCCCAAUGGCUUAGACUCCCCGAGCCUUUAUGGCACCAACGCAGGACCUCUAGGACCCGCUGGAGGCCCCGGAUCGAAACGUUACGAGGACUGUUCAUCAACUAUUGGGGAAGAUUCGCAAAUUAAGUGCGAGUACAUGUUGAAUUCGAUGCCCAAGAGGUUGUGCCUGGUGUGUGGGGACAUUGCGUCAGGGUACCACUAUGGAGUGGCAUCAUGUGAGGCAUGCAAGGCCUUCUUCAAACGCACCAUUCAAGGCAACAUCGAGUACAGCUGUCCAGCCACCAACGAGUGUGAAAUCACCAAGAGGAGACGCAAGUCGUGCCAGGCCUGCCGCUUCAUGAAGUGUCUGACUGUGGGCAUGCUGAGGGAGGGUAAGGGAAAAGGAGUUCGUCUGGACAGGGUUCGGGGUGGAAGACAGAAGUACAAACGCCGGAUAGAUGCAGACAACAGUCCGUAUCUGAACCCACAGCUGGCUUUGCCCCCGAAGAAGCCAUUUGCCUUUGGCUGCCUUGCAGAUAACAAAAUUGUCUCUCACCUGCUGGUGGCCGAGCCAGAGAAGAUUUAUGCCAUGCCCGACCCGACGGUGCCAGACAGCGACAUCAAGGCCCUGACUACGCUGUGCGACCUGGCUGACAGAGAGCUGGUGGUCAACAUCGGUUGGGCCAAGCACAUCCCAGGUUUCUCCACGCUGUCUUUGGCCGACCAGAUGAGUCUACUGCAGAGUGCAUGGAUGGAGAUUUUGAUCCUCCGCGUUGUGUACCGCUCACUGUCUUUUGAAGACAAGCUGGUUUACGCUGAAGAUUACAUCAUGGACGAGGAUCAGUCCAAGCUGGCCGGACUUCUGGACCUGAACAACGCCAUCCUCCAGCUGGUCAAGAAAUACAAAUCUAUGAAACUUGAGAAGGAGGAAUUUGUGACUCUCAAGGCUAUCGCUUUAGCUAACUCAGAUUCAAUGCAUAUUGAGGAUGUGGAUGCAGUGCAGAAGCUCCAGGAUGUGCUGCACGAGGCCCUGCAGGACUAUGAGGCUGCCCAGCACCAGGAGGAUCCCCGCAGGGCGGGCAAGCUGCUCAUGACGCUCCCUCUGCUCCGGCAGACCUCCACCAAGUCUGUGCAGCACUUCUACAGCAUCAAGCAAGAUGGCAAGGUCCCAAUGCACAAACUCUUCUUGGAGCUGCUGGAAGCCAAGGUCUGAGAACGGGGACUAGAGGGAAGGACACCUAGACGCCAGUCUCAACCACUUUGAGCUUCAUUUUAAACUUUGAUCAACAACUUUGAAUGACCUCUUGCUCUUUUACAAGCAGACACUCUUACACGACACUCACAGAAACCUGUUCCAGAGGCUUGUUUGGUGACACGUCCCCUGUGAAUAAAGAAUCUAUCUAAACGUCUUACCUGAACCCUAAACUACAAGUCUAUGACACGAGGGCGCUCACUUGAAUUUGUUUUCGGGGAGGUGUGGACAGACAGACUUAAAACCUCAUGACCAAGGAAAGAAGAUAUUUCCAGAAAUAUUUUAUGACGGUUACAAAACAAAUACUACACUGACUCCACAUCCUGAUGUUGACAAAACACUUAUGCGUCGAACAGCAAUUAAGAUGUUAUUGUCAAUUAGAUGAAGACACAUGUAAAGGAAAGUUUAAGUCUUCAGCUGAAGACCUGAAAGACUGUAAGACUGCACUUGUGACUCCUUUCCUCCUCCUAUUUACCCCAACAGUUUUUUAGGUGUUCAAGAAGAAAACAAGUGUGGAGAAGAAAAAAAGAACACUUAGAAAACAUUAAUGACAUUUGUUGUCAAUCUACAUGUACAGUGAAAUUUGGAAGGAUGGACAGAAAGAAAAGAAGAGGAGAUUUGCCCUGCCAAAGAAUGGAAUCAUCCAUUCAGAGGAUGCCAGCAAACGUUAUUGUAAUAACCCAAAACUGUUUAUUUUUCUUUCUUUCUUUCUUUUUUUUUAGGUGGUUUUCAGUCCUGGGCCUCAGGAGUACUGCUGGUUUUCUGUCCCAAUAUUUGUUUAAAUUUUCUCUGGUUGUUGUAAAAUCCAGCUGGUCCUGACGUUUCUUGGACCAGGAUUGGAAAGAUUUGCCGUAAGCACUUUCUGGUUGUACCUAAAUUCAGCUCCUGGUUUCCCAUGACUCCCCUUCUUCAACUACUGCUUAAACAUCUGUUGUAUUUGCUGAGGAACAGUGAUUCUGCUCUCCCAAAAUUGUCACUAUCAUUAACAGUGUCUGAAGACUUGAUGAGCCUAAAAAUGAUUUCAAAUAAGGAUGACUGUGUGCAAGACUGCACUUGUGUCUAACCACACGAGGCCUGACUGAUCAGUAGGGUUUAUCAGUAGGGCUUCCUGAUAACUAAUAACAAUGUCAAACUCCAUCUAAAGUCAUAAAUGGAACCCCGGCAGGAAUUGUGUAUUCUGUAACUCUUCUCUUGUGUACGGACAUCUUUUUGAAACAUUUUUAGCAACUAAGUGGCCCCAGUUUGCAGCUCUCCAAAUACCAUUCAGCAGCAAUUUCAGUGUAUCAAUGUGCCGUUAACAAAAAUGCAGCUCAUGCUCGUAACCCACACUCCAAAAGCUACAAAAUCUCAGCUCAGUGCUACCCUCCCUGCCCCACAGUGUUACCAGCUUCCAGCUCAUGUGUUUUGUCAGUAAAAAGCUAAUUGUGACCUGUUCAUGGAGUGUAGAUAGAGCUUCUGUUACUCAACGCACUACAAACCAGAAGGAAAUGUAUGCUGACAAAACUGACUGAAGAACAGUUAUUGUUACUUUAAAACUCCUUAUUUUGUUCUCCAUUUCUAUGUUGAAAAUAAUCUUAGUGAUAAUACCAAUGUUAGGGUUGUAAAUAAUUAUCAUCCUGUAUAUGACAUGUAACACUGCUUUGUUUUUUUUUCUUCAUAUUGUCUUCCUAGAAUUAUUUCAUCAAUAUGUCCUUCCUUUUUUCUAUCAGCCUGACCACUUUCAUCAAUUAUCAUAUAUAAAUAUAACAAGUAAUAAUAUAUUAACAAAUCAGUUUAUCUUAGAAACUCUGAGCAAUAGUGGUUUUUAAAAGGAGGGAUUUGUGCAUAUAUAAGUCUGCAAUAUUAACAUGAUGUGCCAGUCUUAAAUGUUGGACAGGGAAGGCAAGGAUUUGGAGAAUUUGUUGCUUCUCUUUCUCUCUGUGUAACUUGCCAUAAGCUAUUAGAUAACAGUCGACAUUUCACUUCUUAGCGACCGGUAGUCAGGAAGAAUAUGGACCAGAAAUGUCGGGAUGAGACAUUUAUGCUAUUUUUACAUAAAAACCUGUCUGAGGGACCGUAAGUAAUUGGGUUAAAGACGUCUGGUUUGCAGUUGCUACAGUGCAUGCACUUUUCUUGCAGUCAGACUCUUUGUAUGGUCACAUUUAAUUGGAUUAAAGCAAGACAGUUCUUUGUUUAUAACCAACAAUUAUCAUGAUAUAUUUUCUGCCCAUUUGCACAUUAAAGUGCAUGUUUUUGGGGUUUAGGGUGGGGACCAUCAGGGUCAUUGUAUUUAAUCCAGAUGUGUGCCAGGGACAAUGGAACUAGCAAAAUACUAAUGCCAGCCUAAACUAAUGACAUUGUCUACUUCCUGUUAGCUCGCUACCAUAGACUAUGAGAUAGUUCAAAGGAGCCACCUUAAUGGCUUCUAUCAAUUUGGGGACUUCAGCCUGCUGUGGCUAUCGCUGUUUUUUUGAAAGCAGUUUGGACAAACUGCAGAAACCACUCACUCAGUUUUAGAGAGUAGCAACUCGCAGAACAACCUUUAGGAAAAUUGUUAAAUUCUUUGUAGCAAAAACAAUGUCUGGACCACCAAAAUUGACAAAAGGCAGAGAGGAAAGGUUUGGUAAGGGAAUGUAUCACAUGCAUUUUUACUGAUAUGCAUAAAUGUACCUCCUGUCAUGCUACUUACCAAUUUAGCUUGCGUUGUCAUUUAAAUCAGCUUCAUUAGUCCUCGAUAUAAACUAAACUACUGAGAUCUUGCAGAAUAGUAAUUUAAGAUGUGACUUUAACUUAGCAAAACUGUAGCUUUAGCUUACUUUAAAGGAAGAUCAUUGCAUUUUUUGACGCUAAUUUUACUGUCAGAACCAAUAUUGUUGCUAGGUAAAAUUGACAGUUUCUCUGGAAACAGGAAAUGGAAAAGCUGAGCUGACAGGAAGUUGUGCUUCAUUUUUUUGGUCGAAUCAAGAGGCGCUUAUUUUCUUGCUAGACAAAGACCCAUACUUUGUGGCUGACUGAUUAGAGCUCUAACAGCUUAACAAUUAAAGGAUUUCUUUGUCUUAUUCAUGAAAGGUCUAAAGCUGAAUAUGAACGCUAAAAUAUGUAAUCUAAUAUAAAAUGGCAACUUGUCACAGCUGAGGAGUGUAGUUGAUCUCCAACACCACAUGUUCUGUAUCAACCAUCAGUAUUAUUCGUAAGUGUUUAGUUGUUUUUUGUUUUGUUUUUGUUGUCAGUCUUCUUAAGCACUGUAUAUUGUAAAUUAUACAGAUUAUAAUUCUAACAUAAGACAUUUUAUUGGGAUGAAAACAAGGAAAAAAAAUGUAGCCUGCGUGUUCCAUGUUUGCUUUUCUAUCACAGAAAAAAAAAGUCUUUGAUUUGAUCUGUUUUUGCUUUAAAGUCCCUUUUCUGUUUAAUCUCG